GGCAUAUGCACCGCUCGACAACUCAUCGCUUCGUCAACUCCGCGACACCCACUCGAAUCCAUCAAUUCAAGAACUUCACAAGCUCAAGACCCACGGUCGUUGGGUCAUCACCGCGUGUUCCGCCCAAGACAUUCGCCGCGCGCGCGCAUCGGGAGAUCUCAGACAAAGGCAAGUUCGCUACAGCGCAAUACCGUAUUGUGAUAAGAGCGGCUCGAGGCUGGUACGGCAACUGUGGAGAGCAGAAUCUGCUCGAGUACUCUGAACGCCCUGUUGGUGGGUGCGGUGAAUGGCAGAAGGGUGAAUGGUCAGAAAGAGCUUCGGAAGCGCACUGGGGAUAUAUUGAAGCAAGCCACGGUUUAGCUAGCAACCCGACUACACUUCUUGCAUAACUCGUCCUGACCAAGGGCUGAAAGAUCCUCGCACCGCUCGCUUCGCGCUUCGCGAUACUGUGGUGCUGUCGGGUCCUCCACGUCACACGCUCGAGGCUGUCUCGAGUGGUGUUUUCUACCGUCCCGUCACGCCGGGACAGUCUUCAUCGAAGCAACUAGAUAGCAUAUUUGUGCAUCACUGCGUGCUGAACUUCCAUCUCGUGAAGCCGUCAUGUCUUCCAGAUCGCCGCGCGGCUCCUUCUCAGGCGGGUCUUCUGCUGAAGUGGCCGCCGACUUCGAAGAAUCUCUGAAAGAUCUCCAGAGUAACAACAGGUACGAGAUCAGCAACCUGACUGUCAUCGCCAAAGAAAAUACGGAGCACGCGCAGGCAAUAUCGAAAGCACUGGAGAACCACAUCAAGCAGACGUCUCCAACGCGCAAACUGCCAGCGCUCUUCGUUCUCGACAGCAUUGUUAAGAAUGUAGGCACACCCUACACAGUUUACCUUGGUCGGAACCUCUACAAUACCUUCAUGGAAGCUUACACUCUGGUCGACAACGCGACAAGGCGCCAUAUGGAUGCGAUGCUGCGAACGUGGAAAGAGCCCGUGCCUGGAUCUAUUGACCCGCGACCUGUCUUCCCUCGAGAGACUGUUCAGCCCCUUGAAAACGCCAUGAUAAAGGCUAGGGCGGCGCUGGAGAAGAUCAGGCAGUCACAGACUCAGUUUCAAGGCGUGGCGACACCACCUCAGCAGAAUGGCCAAUACCCUCGGCCGCCUUCUCACACGCCGCAGCCAAUGUAUCCAGGCCACCCCGUUCCGCAGGCUACACCACAGUCUCAGCCGUAUGCAUACCAGCCGCCACUCACAAACUUGAACAACGAGAUCGAGAGCGUGAAGCGUGACAUCGACUCAUUGAUCCCAAGAUUUCAGUACCAGCUUGCAAGUAGGCCGCACGAUGUAGGUCUACAGACUCAGUUCAACGCGCUGAACCAGCUGCGCAACCUCCUCAACAUCCAGCGUGUGAGCUCUAGCGAGCUUCAGCAGAUCAAGCAACAGGUCUCCUCUCUGGCCCCGGCAGUGCCAGCAUUUCCACCACCCGUACCUCCUCCGCAGGUGCCCCAGCCGCAGUGGCAGACACCGACACCACUUCCUCUCGCAUUCCAACCGCCGCUCCCGAUCCCGACUGCUACGCCUUCGCAUGCUGGGCCACCACCUAACCUGACCCCUGACGCAUUGAAUGGCUUGCAAGCAUUGUUGGCCGGCACACAAAAGCCUAGCACACCGCAGCUGCGCGCGGCCAUUCCUGGAUUUCACAACGCGAGUCACUCCCAGCUCAAUGCAGUCCAGAGCCAUACCAGCUCGGCACCUCAAGCCAACGACGCGGCAGAUCUAAUCGCGUCUUUGACGAAGGCCGGGCUCAUCAAGCCUGUCUCCAGCGCUGCACCGCCUGCCAAUCCCGUCGCAACGGCACCAGCUGCAUCAGAUCCGACUGCAGAAUUGUUGAAGUCACUUCAAGCGGUAGCGCCGCUUCCUUCACAAGCCGCAACUCCAUUACAGUCACACGCUCAACCUGUACGAGCGCAUCUCCAAGUGCCGAUUACAGCAGCGAGUUUGAAGACCUUCCGCCCCGAGCUAGUUGCCGCGAUGUACGAUGCGUUGCCAAACCAGUGCAGCACAUGCGGACGACGCUUUUCCACCACCGAAGAAGGCAGGCAGAAGAAGAGUCUUCACUUGGACUGGCACUUUCGAACAAACCAGCGUAUCGCCGAUCCCAACACCAACCGCGGCCACCACAGGAAUUGGUUCCCAAAUGAGAUGGAGUGGAUACAGCACAUCGAAUUCGAUCCUUCGACAACUACCGCCACUGCGAAGGAAAACACGGAAGCAGCAAAGGCGCAGAAGAGUCCACAGGAGCAGGUUGUCCGGGCCCCAGCUGGCAUGACCAAGAGCACAUGCACCAUUUGCUACGAGGACUUACAUAGCACGUAUUCCGAGGAGCAUCAGGACUGGGUCUUCGCCAAUGCUGGGUACAUGAACAAGAAGAUCGUUCACGCGACGUGUCUCGCAGAGUUGACAAAGUCGCAACCGGUGGCUAGCAUCGACAGAGGAGCACUUGCUGCAGCGCUCGCAAGCGUCGGUGCCAACCAGCGAGAGCGCAGCUCAACACCGGACUCAUCCCUGGGGAAGAGAAAGGCUGAGUCUGAGAUGGCGGGCAACGGGCCUCGCAUCAAAAUGCAGUGAGGCGUCGAUCGAGACAGCGAGAAGUGUACUUAGAUGAGGUUUCUUACUUUGACAAGCGUGGCGCUGGUGGUGACAAUUUGCUCGAAUUGCAGCAACAGCAUGGGAGGGAGUUUCAGCAGCAUAGACAGCGAAUCACAAAAGCCGAACUUCGGCCGUACUG